AUGAAUAAUUAUCGAUUGGUUAAAAGACAUCGACUCCCUAACGAUGAGUUCUUCGCAGAAGGGGAUCGAAUUUGUCCUCGUAUCGACAGAAUUCACGCGUUUGAUGGCGAAGUUUACGAAAAAAAUAUGGACGAGUAUGUCUGCCAAGAAGAUAAUUGUCGAGCCGUUUCGGUUAAUAAAUUCAUGUUUGAAGCGCAUUAUGCGCAGUUUCAUCAGAAUGUUUGCCGAUUAUGCAAGAGGAAUUUCCCUACAAAUCGUCUCUUGACGCUUCACAUACAAGAAAAUCACGAUUCUUUCUUUCGACUUCGUGUUGGUAAACAGAACUUUCUCUACGAAUGUUUAGUCGAAGGAUGUUCGAUUCGUUGCGAGGAUGACGUUGCGAGACGAGUACAUUUGAUCAAUGAGCACUCUUAUCCAACUGAUUUUAAAUUUGCACAGAUCUGA